AUGGGCUGGCUUGGUACGGGGAGUCUCGCCGCGACGGCUGGCUAUUUUCUAUCUCGCAAAUCUCCUCAGAGCCAGACCCCGGAUAUAACGUCCUCCACCCAGCCGGACUCCAGUUCCGACGCGCCAGGUUCGCCCACUGACGAACCCGCCGCGACAAGACAUGACGCAGGCAUAUCAACUCCCCCACAUACACAUGAUGACGACGAUGGUCUCCAGACUACCCCCAAGGCCUCGGCAUCCGACGCACCGCCACCGGCCCUGGCUGUUCCUGUCUUGAACCUAGGCGGCGGCUCCAGCGGCGAGACCACCGAUGCAACGACAGAGCCAUAUACGAAGCAGACCACAACUCAUGCACCAACCGAGACGAGGCCCCUCGGCCGUCCCAAUGGGACAUCUAACAUCACCGCACCCGCGCCGCCUCGCAGCCGCCCCCUCCCUUAUGCCCCCUCCGCCAAUCCCCCGCCCCCGCCAGACCCCCCAGCCAAACCGCCUCCCCCUCCCACCAGCAGUGUCGCACCUCCGCGCCCCAACCCAAUCACUGCCCUCCGGCCCCCGCCUUCCGCCGCCGCGACGCUCCGCGCACCGCCCACCAGCACCGGCCUCAGCAGCAGCACCCUCGCCCCAACUCCCGUCAAGAAGCCCGGGUCGCGCAAAGUCAUCCUCGCCCCGGGCUUCUCGCCGCUGGACUGGGCCGCGCGCGCCGCAGACCCGCGCAACACGCUGCGCGGCGACCUGCCGCCGGGUCUGCUGCGCGUGACGCCGGCCAUGCUGAAAACGCAGAACGGGCGCCGCGGCCGUGACGCUUGGACCUCGUACCAGGGGCGCGUGUACAAUAUCCAGCCGUACGCGCCGUAUCACCCCGGCGGAAAGGGCGAGCUGCUGCGCGGCGCGGGGAAGGACUCCGGCGUGCUGUUUCAGGAGGUCCAUCCGUGGGUGAAUUGGGAGGGCAUUCUGGGGGAGUGUUUGGUGGGGAUCUUGGUCAGCGAUAAUGACAUUGUGGGGGAUAGUUUGGAUGCGAUGGAUUGA